UGCAUACGCACUAAAAUCGUAGAUAACUUCACAGUGAUUCGACGGAGGGAGUAACUCUAAAAUCGAAGAGAUUUUAUUAGUUUUUUAUUCAAAUGCCUUGUUCUCUUUCUAAUUAGAGUUUUAAAAAUAUGUCUUGUUGUUCAGGCGACGACGAUGAAGAACAACGACCUGAUCCAACACGUGUACGAGAAUGCACGGAUAUUUUCUGGCUUUGUUUUUUCAUAGCAUUUUGGUUUUUUAUGAUAUUAAUCGCAGCUUUUGCUCUUGUAUAUGGUAAUCCUUUGAGGCUUAUAAAUGGGUAUGACAGUUUUGGAAAUACUUGUGGUAUGAAAAAUAAUCCAAAGUUUGGUAGUAUGGAGCUCUCUGGCCAAGAUACUAGUGACAAACCAUACCUCUUCUUUUUGGACAUAUCCAAUGUAUCACAGUCUUUAAAAAUUUGUGUAAAAAAGUGUCCAGAUAGGAAAAUGAUGACAAUGAAUGAUAUAUGUAAAUUUUAUGAAGAAACGGGAUCACAACUUUGCCAUGAUAAACCAGGAAAUGAUUUUAGUGCCUGUAGGAAUGCAAACCAAGAAAAUAAAACAGGAUCUUGUCCUGGAUUUCCAGUACACAACAGUUUACCUGUUCUCAAUCGUUGUAUUCCAAAAGCAAUUAAAGACGUAGGGGCAACUAUAAUCGCAAAUUUGUAUGGUUUAAUGAAUUCAUGGGAUGUUAUAGAACAGGUAUUGGGAGAUUUGUAUAAAACCUGGAGAGAGAUUUUAGCUUUAUCAUUCUUGGCUUUUGUUUUAUCACUUUUUAUGAUCGCCAUAUUUCACUUACUGGCAUCUAUUGUAACAUGGAUUGUAAUGGUUCUUGUCAGUAUUGCAACUAUAGCUGGCACAGCGUUGUUGUGGUGGACAUACAUAGAAAUUAAAAGAACAUUAGAUAAAACUGAUCAGAAUCAAUUACUAGAGGAAUCAGCCAGAAAUGAAAGAGCAUUCUUAGUUUUCUCCAUUAUUGCAACAAUAAUAACUGUCAUUUUGUUACUCCUGCUGAGUAUAUUGCGCAAACGUAUUGGAUUCAUGACAGCAUUAUUUAAAGAAAGCGCAAAAUGCUUGGCAGAACUUCCAGGUUUAUUUUUUCAACCUUUACUUACGUUUGGUGCCCUAAUAUUAUUUUUUGCAUUUUGGGUGACUGUAACCCUUUGUCUCGCAACUGCAAAUUAUCCUGGAACAAAAUCUGUUCAAAUGUAUAAAAACCACAUAUUUGACCCAUUAAAUUUGAGCUCGGUUGGAGAGAAAAGCGCUAUUGUCGAAGAAAAGAAAAUUGACUUUUCAUUGGAUUCUUUUAAAACUUUUACUCUGGUUGAGUAUGUUGAUCCAACUUGGGUGAAGUACAUGUGGUGGGUGUAUAUCAUAGGAUUGAUAUGGACCUCUGAAUUCAUUAUUUCUUGUCAAGAUAUGGUAAUAGCAGGAGCUGUUGCUCAUUGGUAUUUUAGAGGGAAAGAUGCUAGUGUAUCUCCAGUAUGUUCUGCUAUGGGAAAUUUAGUUUAUUACCAUUUAGGCUCCGUAGCUUGUGGCUCAUUCCUAAUAACACUUUUCAAAUUACCUCGUUUAAUUUUGACAUAUCUACAUACAAAAUUUAAAAAAACAAAAGAGACCUCUCCAUGUGCUCAGUGUGGUUUAAAAUGUUGCAUUUGUUGCUUUUAUUGCCUAGAAAAGUUUAUUCGGUACAUGAACCAUAAUGCAUAUACUGUUGUUGCUAUAGAGGGGACACACUUUUGUAAUGCUGCUAGAAUUGCAUUUGCAACGCUUGUGAAUAAUGCAACGCAGAUAAUAGUAAUUAACGGAGUAGGUGAUUUUAUCCUAUUUCUGGGCAAAUGUUUUGUCACAGCUGCAACUGGAAGUAUUGGAUUAUUAUUUAUGAAGCAAGAUCCCAGACUACAUUUUUAUGCGGCACCAAUUUUUGUUAUUUGUGUUUUUUCAUUCUUUAUAGCUCACAGCAUUAUUUCCCUUUAUGAGACUGUGAUAGAUACGCUGUUCCUCUGCAUUUGUGAAGACAAAGAUUUGAAUGUUGAGAAUGGAAAAUGGCGUCAAUCAGCGCUAGCACAAAUUGGUUCUAAUAAUAAUACAAACGGACAACAAUCACAAGAAUUAACACCAAUGAAUACAUAAGUACAAUUAUAAAAUACUCAGUCUUCUUCUGACCACUUUACACUUUUUUGAAUAUAUUUUAUAAAUUUUAUGAUUACAA